AUGUAUGGUAUAUUUUUGAAGGCAGUGACCUAUGAUGAUGUGCAUAUCAACUUCACUAAGGAAGAGUGGGAUUUGCUGAAUCCUUCCCAGAAGAAUCUCUACAAAGAUGUGAUGCUGGAGACCUACAGGAACCUAACUACUAUAGGAUACAUUUGGGAAGAUCGUAACACUGAAGAGCAUUGUCAAUGUUCUAGAAGACAUGCAAGUCAUUGUCAAAAGAAUAAAAGGACACAUACUAGAGAGAAUCCCUGUGAAUAUAAUCAGUGUGGUAAGGCCUUUGCUAGACACAGUGUUCUUCAAACACACAAAAGAACACAUACUGGAGAGAAGCCCUAUAAAUGUAAUCAGUGUGGUAAAGCCUUUGCUCAACACAGUGUUCUUCGAAUCCAUGAAAGAACACAUACUGGAGAAAAACCCUAUGAAUGUAAUCAGUGUGGUAAGGCCUUUGCACAGUAUGGUCAUCUUCGAGUGCAUGAAAGAACACAUACUGGAGAGAAACCCUAUGAAUGUAAUCAGUGUGGUAAGGCCUUUGCACAGAACUGUACUCUUAAAUGCCAUAAAAGAACACAUACUGGAGAAAAACCCUAUGUAUGUAUUCAGUGUGGUAAAGCCUUUGCAUAUCACCAUACCUUAAAACUGCAUAAAAGAACACAUACUGGAGAGAAACCCUAUGAAUAUAAUCAGUGUGGUAAGGCCUUUGCUAGACACAGUGUUCUUCAAACACAAAAAAGAACUCCUACUGGAGAGAAACCCUAUGAAUGUAAUCAGUGUGGUAAGGCCUUUGCACAGCACAGUGUUCUUCAAACACAUAAAAGAACACAUACUGGAGAGAAGCCCUAUAAAUGUAAUCAGUGUGGUAAAGCCUUUGCUGAUUCCAGUGUUCUUCGAAUCCAUGAAAGAACACAUACUGGAGAAAAACCCUAUGAAUGUAAUCAGUGUGGUAAGGCCUUUGUUGGAAACAGUGCUCUUCAAAUACAUAAAAGAACACAUACUGGGGAGAAACCCUAUGAAUGUAAUCAGUGUGGUAAGGCCUUUGCACAGAAAUGUACUCUUAAAUGCCAUAAAAGAACACACACUGGAGAAAAACCCCAUGUAUGUAUUCUGUGUGGUAAAGCCUUUGCAACUAAGGGUAAUCUUGAAUUACAUAAAAGAACACACACUGGAGAGAAGCCCUAUGAAUGUAAUCAGUGUGGUAAGGCCUUUGCAGUGCACAGUAAUCUUCAAAUCCAUAAAAGAAGACACGCUGGAAAGAAACCCCAUAAAUGUAAUCAGUGUGGUAAAGCCUUUGCUAUUCACAGUGCUCUUCAAAACCAUGAAAGAACACAUACUGGAGAGAAACCCUAUGAAUGUAAACAGUGUGGUAAGGCCUUUGCACAGUAUGGUGGUCUUCGAUAUCAUCAAAGAACACAUACUGGAGAGAAACCCUAUGAAUGUAAUCAGUGUGGUAAGGCCUUUGCAUAUCACCAUACCUUAAAACUGCAUAAAAGAACACAUACUGGAGAAAAACCCUAUGAAUGUAAUCAGUGUGGUAAGGCCUUUGCAUAUCACCAUACCUUAAAACUGCAUAAAAGAACUCAUACUGGAGAGAAACCCCAUGAAUGUAAUCAGUGUGGUAAGGCCUUUGCACAGUAUGGUGGUCUUCAAUCUCAUCAAAGAACACACACUGGAGAGAAACCCUAUGAAUGUAAUCAGUGUGGUAAAGCUUUUGCACGUCAUGGUGCUCUUCAGUAUCAUCAAAGAACACACACUGGAGAGAAACCCUAUGAAUGUAAUCAUUGUGGUAAAGCCUUUGCUCAUCACAGUGUUCUUCAAAUGCAUAAAAGAAUACAUACUUGA